AUGAAUGAUCACAAUCCCGCGGAGGGUAGGACGUAUUUGAGUUGUGAUUCAGUUUGUAAGUCAGAUUCAAAUGCAGAUAUGUUGGCGGAUUUGCACACUCCUGAAUUCUUGAAUGGUCUGCGAUGUUCUGGAGUACCUAAUCAUGCAUUGACAUUGAAAGUUGGAUCACCGGUUAUGCUCUUGAGAAAUAUUGAUCAUACUCUUGGCUUAUGCAACGGUACAAGGUUGAUUGUAACAAGGUUAGCUGAUCAUGUGUUGGAAGGCCAGAUAAUGUGCGGUACAAAUGCAGAAAUCGGCCACCCAAAUCGCUGGCUUCUCCGGCGAAGGAGAAGGCCACCGCCACUGGUUGCCUUCUCCUUCGUUGGAGAAGCCAGCGAUUUGGGUCGCCGGUUUCUCGCCGGCGACCAUUUUUUUUUUUUUAAAAAAAACACAAACGCCUCCAUCCUCCGCCACGAGUCCAACAUCCCAACAGAAUUCUUGUGGCUGGACCACGAGAAACCCGGCCCCUACGCCGCCAGAGAAUUCCAGGUCCCUGUCAUCGACAUGGCUGCCUUCCGUUCCGACGAUUCCCUGGCCGUGGCGGAAACUUGCAAGCUGGUGGACGAAGCCUACAAAAAACAUGGCUUCUUUCUGGUAGUGAAUCACGGAGUUGACACAGAGCUCCUCUCCGACGGUAUCCGUGAAAUGGACCGCUACUUUGAGUUGCCUCUGUCCUCCAAGGAAAAAGCUCUAAGAAAACUGGGCGAGCAUUGCGGUUAUGCCAGCAGUUUCACCGGCAGGUUCAACGCCAAGCUGCCAUGGAAGAAAACUCUUUCUUUUAGAUUUUCCGCUGAGAAAGAAUGUUCCCACGUAGUGGAAGAGUAUUUCGAGAAAACACUGGGCCAAGAGUUUGCUGAUCUUGGGUAG